AUGAAACGAUCGCAAGCAAUCAGUAUCGUUCUGACGAAACUGCCCCCGAUCAACGUCAUCCCUACAGCUAUUAUGAAAUUCGAUUCAAUGGUGCUGAAUAAGGAUGGAAUCGAGAAGAUACUGAAGACGAUGAUGCCCACGGCAAAAGAAGUCGAAGAAAUUCAAGAGAAGCAGCUGGAGAAUCCUGACAUGCAACUGGGAAUUCCUGAGCAGUUCGUACUGAUGCUAUCGAAAAUCCCAUGUCUUCUGGAACGCUUGAAACUGUGGAUUUUCACGCUGGACUACAAGACGAUGGAAAA